UAUUCCUCGCAGGGAGAGAAAUGAGUGAGAAGAAGUAAAAGAGGAGAAAGAAGACAUGGAAGAGGAGAAAAAACUCGAUCACGGCGGUAGCGGCGGCGGUGGUAUUGGUGAAAUUGGCGGAUAUUGGUGGUGGGGAUUAGCAAGUGCAGCUCAAUUAGCAAUAGGAAUAAGAUCAUACAGAAGAGGAUACAACGGAGAUGGAACAUUAAUGCCUUUCAAAGCUUUUGGUGUUGCUUCAAUCUUUCUUGGUUCUGGUGCUGCUGCUAUUACUGGAUUACUCAAUCUCUCUGGUAUGCACAAGGUUGAAGAUUUCAAGAGAUUGGGUGCAAAUAUCAGGGGAGGUUUAGGUGUUCCCCCUAGAGAAACUCAGAAAUAAGUGUUUUUUUUUUAGUAAUUGUUGAAUUUUGAUUAUAAUUAAAUGUCUAAAUCUAAGGAAUUAAUCGGAGAGGUUUGCCAUAUUGGUGUCGUAGUAGUUUCCUACAUAUUGCUCGCUCGCUCGGUUGCCAUAUUUUUUUAGUAAUUGUUGUAUUGCGUUUACUGAAUUUACUUCAUUAUCUUUUAUCUGGA